UCCACAAAUCUAGAUACCCCUUUCCAAGUUCCAAGACUUUACUUUCAAAUCAAACUGACCAAGCAAAAAAGGAAAAACACCAUUAGUUUAAGAUCUGCCAUGAGUGACUCAUAAGAACUUUUAACUUCUAGUCUACCCCUUCGAUUUCUUUCAGUGCUCAAUGCUCGAAGCCCAAUACAGAAGCAAAGAAUUUAUUUGGUCGAACUAUUGGAAGAGGAGCCGAAUCAAAGCACGGUCAAAACUGAAGACUUGGUAGUUCCAAGGCUGUUGAAUCUGAGUAGCUGAACAAGACCGGCCUGUAGAUCCUUCUUGUUUCACUGGUUCAACCUUUUCUGGGACGCAUUGAUUUGGAUUUUCGUCUUGAACCAUCAUCACCACAAAUGGUAUUAGUCAGAGGAGAAGCUUUAGAAGCAUCAUUUGUGGCACUGUAUGAUGCCAUUAAGGAAGUAAAUGAACAUCAUUUGAUGUUUAAAGCCCUCCUUGGAGAUAUCAGAUCUACACUAGAUUCCAUAGAACCACUGAUCAAAGAGACAGCAGAGGAUGACAAGGAGUUGGAUUUUCCAGAGGAUGAACUUCAGAAUUUUGGAGUACAAAUGGAAGAGGGGAUUAAGCUAAUUCGUAAGUGCUCUAAGGUUGGUCCAUUGAGUACUUACAAAAAAUAUAAAUACACAAACAAACUAGGUGAACUGGGAAAAUAUUUGCAAAGACUGUUGGAUAUACUGAAAGUGCAUAGCAUAAGAGAUGUGAAGAAAACCUUGGUUACCGUAAAGAAUAUUGAGACUAAGGUCCAGCAAAUUGAUGUGAAUAUUGGGAUACAAAAUAAUUCAUCUGAAAGUAUUGAAGGUUCGUGUGCAAUACCUGAACCUCCACCACUUGUAGUUGGAUUGGAUGGGCCUUUGAAGGAAUUGAAGAUGAAGCUUUUCAGUGAUGAGAUAUCAAUGCUUGUGCUAACUGCUCCUGGAGGAUGUGGGAAAACUACAUUGGCAACAAAGUUUUGUCAAGAUGGAGACGUCAGAGAUAAAUUCAAGAACAAUAUCUUCUUUGUAACUGUUUCCAAGAAGCCCAACUUAAACCUUAUUGUAGAAGAGCUAUAUCAACGCAAGGGUUCCCAGGUACCCGAUUUCCAACAUGAAGUAAUUGCACUUAAUUGGCUGCACGAAUUUCUGAACCAAAUGGGACAAGAUCCUUUACUAUUGGUUUUGGAUGAUGUUUGGUCUGAAUCUGAAUUUCUUCUUGAGAAGUUUGAUGAAUGGAGAAUGUCUAAUUGCAAGAUCUUGGUGACAUCAAGGUUUGCAUUUCCAAGAUUUGGUUCUCCAUAUAAUUUGAAAUCAUUGAGUGAUGAAGAUGCAUUUGCUCUUUUUAAUCAUUCAGCAUACUUGGGAGAUGUUCGCUCUCAUGUUCCAGAAGACCUUGCAAGACAGGUAAUAAAACAUUGUAAAGGAUUUCCUCUUGCAAUUACAGUGGUUGGAAGAUCACUUUGUGGGCAGCCUAUAGAGAUCUGGCAAAAAAGAUUAAUUGAAUGGACUAAAGGUUCAUCUAUUCUUGAUUCUGAUCAUGAUUUGCUUGUUUGCCUCCAAAGCAGCCUUGAUGCCUUGGAGAAACAAAGUAUUACCAUCAAGGAAUGUUUCCUAGACCUUGGUUCAUUUCCAGAAGACCAAAGAAUACCUGCUACUACCCUCAUUGAUAUAUGGGCGGAGUCAUAUAAAAUAGAUGAAGACUGGCUUUGCAUUGCAAACCUCUGUGAACUCACCAAUAGAAAUCUGGCUACUCUUAUAAUCACAAGGAAGGACCCCAGGGAGGUGGAUGGCUAUUACAGUGAACAUUUUGUUACUCUGCAUGACAUUAUUAGAGAAUUGGCUAUCUAUCAGUCAAGUGUGGAAUCAAUAGAACAGAGGAAAAGGCUGAUAAUAGAUAUGUCUGGAGACAAUUUUCCCGAGUGGUGGACGGAACAGAAAUGUCAACCCAUCAAUGCUCACCUUUUAUCUAUCUCGACAGAUGGAGACUUCUCAUCUAAAUGGCUCAACAUGCAACUACCACAAGCAGAGGUUCUAAUUCUGAACUUUCAGUCAAAGAAGUAUGCCUUACCCGAAUUUGUGGAGAAAAUGGACAAAUUAAAGGUUCUGAUAGUCACAAAAUACGGUCUUUUACCUGCUGAAUUGGAUAACUUUCCAUUACUUGGUUCAUUAUCAAAUCUAAAGAGAAUUAGAUUAGAACGAAUAGCAAUACCUUCCAUGAGCAAGACCCCUGUACAGUUGAAGAGUUUAGAAAAGAUAUCAUUAUUCAUGUGCAAAGUGGGUCAAGCCUUGGACAACUGUUCCAUCCAACUUUUUAAUCUAUUGCCAAAUGUAGUGGAAAUGAACAUUGAUUACUGCAAUGAUUUGGUGAAAUUGCCCGCCAUGCUUUGUGACCUGAUUUGCCUGAAAAAGCUUAGUAUCACCAAUUCUCACAAGCUAUCUGUCUUACCUGAAGAAAUAGGAAAGUUAGUGAACUUAAAAGUGUUGAGGCUUAGGUCUUGUACUGAAUUGUCAGAGCUGCCAGACUCGAUUCGGAACCUCAAAUUGUUAAAUUUUCUGGACAUAUCUGAUUGCUUUAGUAUGAAGGAGCUUCCUGAACAUAUUGGUGAAAUGUGCAGCUUAGAAACGCUAAAUAUGAGACAAUGCUCAAGACUGCAAGAGUUGCCUGCAUCAGUUUUGGAUCUUGAACAGUUGAAGGAUGUGAUUUGUGAUGAAGAGACUGAAAUAUUAUGGAACCCCUUCUUACCCAUUCUCCAAAACUUACAUAUCAGGGUAGUGAAAGAAGAUAUUAACCUGAAUUGGCUCCACACGUUUCCAUCUUGAAAGCAUUGUUUUCUCAGUAACUAUUGGAGCGACGCCUCUGUGAUUUGUGCAGCUCCUUCUCUAUAUUGCUCCACAAGGCUCAUCCUUGAGAGUGGUUGAGACACAGUAAUGCCUAUGAUAAUCUACAUUUUAAUGCUUUUUGUUGUAAUUUCUCUGCGAUAUAUAAAUGUUUUCAAUAAAUAGUGAAGUGAACCUUCUGUAAAUUUUGUAUUCCAUCACUGGGUUUAUGUAGCUAGUGGUGUGAAGAAGAGAUCUUGAUGUUUCUUGAUGUUGAGAUCUGGUUAGUGGGCGUGAGGGCCUAGCCUCCCAGUUCUUCUGGGUUCCAGCCCUCGACAAAAAAAGAGUGUAGUAAACUUUGUGUAAUGUAUUAUACAACUUUCCUUUUGAGACA